GGAUCAAACCCAGUGCCUCACGCUUUUGAGGCAAGCGCUCUGCCACUGAGCCACAACCCAGGCCCAAUGCCUGAUUCUUUUUAGGCAAUGAUCAUCAUUUUUCCUCUUCAGUAAGUUUUUAUCACAUCUAAUACAGAUCAUACUUAAGUUUUCCCAACUCACUCAGACGUGUUAUUCUCACAGCCCAUUUAUGCAGCCUGCAUGGAGACCUUUUAAAGUGCAGCUCUGCUUCUUGGAAGGACUGAUCAGGACGUGGAGGUUGACCACCACAUGGGCAGCUAGCUAGUUAUGCCUGCUGUGCAGAAGUCUUGGGGCAGGGGCAGGUGGGGAGGGUUGGGCCACAGUCUGCGGAGGAAAUCUGCACUUCCAGGUUGGGGUGCACUUUCCCCAGAGGCCUCUGUAUCCUGGGCAGUGGAGAGACGCCUGGGCACCGAGCAAGGCCUGGCUGCCCUCUGCCUGGCUGCCAUCUUCCUUCCUGACGGCACUAAGGCAGUCUGGAGAAUGACUCCUCAGAGGAUGACAGUAAUGUCCCCUGGGACUGGGGCUGUAUCAUAAACUGUCACAGUCUGCCAGCCCUGUCUUGGGCACUCAGGGAUGGUUAGACACCCAGGAAGAGAGACGGCAGAGUAACCCCAGGUACAGGUGAAGGGCCUCAGACACAGACUCAAAGGAAAUAAAAGGAACUUCACAGAGUACCACGUGGAAGCCGCCAGUGGCAUCUCAGUGCUAGAACGGCAGCUGGACUUGCCUCCUCGUGGACAUCAGUUCCAAAUAGCCGGAAGCAUGCAAGGGAAGUGCCGGGCGCCGGGGCAGGCCCACCCCACAGACAACAGCUCGGCCUCUCGAGUCUGUAGCACCAGCCCCCUGAGGCUGCCCAUGUCACCUGGCCUGUGAUCCUCACAAGGGCACUUUGCAGUCCUGGCCUCCAGAAGGCCAUUUCUUCCCAGCUUCAGUCUCUGGCAGUAGCCAUGAGGUCUGUCUACUCCAAGAACAUUCGGUAUCUGGUAGCCCUGUCCUGGGCACCUCCACAAGCCCGCCAGCUCCCAUUAGCAUCCUGCCCAUGGCCACUGUUCCGUUCCUGGGCCCCUGGCCAGCUCGCAGGGCCCAGGGCAGAACUAGGGCCAGGCAGUGCAGUUCCCAGCGGAAGUGCCAAGGACAGGGCACAGGUCUCUAAUUCUGGGAUCAGAGAUGACCCCUCAGGGUUGCUUUCCUGUCCCCUGACACCUGGAAGGACUGGGUGCUUCACUGUCCCCUUCAGUCAUGGACAUUGCUGUCUGUCUGUCUGUCUAGUCAGAGGAGUCCUCGGGCUCAGCGUGAUUUUGGGACUCUGGGCAUUACAAAAAGAAGUGAGACGACAGUUUGGGGCCACGGUGGCCACCAUGUUCUGCUGGGUGACGGCUACACAGUUCCACUUGAUGUUUUACUGCUCGCGGACGCUCCCUAAUGUGCUGGCCCUGGCUGUGGUCCUGCCGGCCCUCACGGCCUGGCUACAGCACCGGUGGACCCUCUUCAUCUGGCUCUCGGCCUUUGCGACCAUCGUCUUCCGGGCUGAGCUGUGCCUACUGCUGGGUCUCAUGCUGCUGCUGGCGCUGUACCACAGAAGGGUCUCUGUGGCCAGACUGCUGCAGCACGCCGUCCCCGCGGGCGCACUCUGUCUGGGACUGACGGUCACUGUGGACUCCUGUUUCUGGCGCUACCUUGUGUGGCCGGAAGGAAAGGUGCUCUGGUACAACACUGUCCUGAACAAAAGUUCCAACUGGGGCACCUCCCCACUGCUGUGGUACUUCUACUCGGCCCUGCCCCGGGGCCUGGGCUGCAGCCUUCUCUUCGUGCCCCUGGGCGUGAUGGACAGGCGGGCACGGGUGCUGGCUCUGCCGGCGCUGGGCUUCGUGGCGUCCUACUCCCUGCUUCCGCACAAGGAGCUGCGCUUCAUCAUCUACACCUUCCCAGUGCUCAACGUGGUGGCCGCCAGAGGCUGCGCCUACCUGCUGAAUAAUUACAGAAAGUCUUGGCUCUACAAGGCGGGGACAGUGCUUGUGGCGGGACACCUGGUGGUGAAUGCCGCCUAUGCUGCCGUGUGCCUGCGUGUUUCCCACUUCAACUACCCUGGUGGCAUCGCCAUGCAGCGGCUGCAUGAGCUGGUGCCCCCCUGGACAGAUGUCCUCCUGCACAUUGACACAGCUGCUGCCCAGACAGGUGUGUCGCGGUUCUUGCAAGUCAACAGUGCUUGGAGAUACGACAAGAGGGAGGACCUGCAGCCCGGGGCGGCAGACAUGCUGGCCUACACGCACAUCCUCCUGGAGGCAGCCCCCAGCCACCUGGCCCUCUACAGGGACACACACCGUGUCCUGGCCCGCAUCCUGGGCACCAGUGGUGUCAGUCUGAACCUGACCAGACUGCCUCCCUUUGACGUCAACCUGCAGACCAGGCUGGUGCUUCUGGAGAGAGUUGUCCAGCCAUCCAAAGGGGAUAGGUGACAGCGUGCCCCCGACACUGCCCCCAGGGCAGGCAGGGCUGGGACCUGUCCACCACCAUUCCUGGGGCACACAGCUUAACAGGACAAGGGCCUCAGAGCUGCUGCCACGGGCACUGGUAGCCCUGGGGACCCCUUCUCAUCAUCCAGGCACCCUCACAACCAAGAGGGGAUAGCAGGCCAGGCAAGACCAUCCCAGCAGCUGGCUGGUGGUGGCCCUCACUGUGCACUGCCCCCAGGUGCACGUGGCCAGGGCCUCAGCACCUGCCCUCCCGCCCCUGCAGCUUCUGUGCUCACAGGCCCUCAUACGCAUUCAGGUGAUUUCAGGAGGUAAACACGUUGAAAAGAAUGAGAAUGAACGUCUCAGAUGUUUUCUUAGGCAGUGUCUCUCAUUUGCAGUUGCUUCUGGAGGCCACCCUGUCUAGCACUGCCUUGGGGGAGUCUGAUGCAGUCAUGCUGUACUGAGCACACUUCAGGGUGGGACACUGCCAGGCACAGGGUGACAGAGGACAGGUCACUGCCGUGAGCUCACGUGCACACUGCAGGCACUGCACGUGUACGUGCGGGUGCACGGGCAUGAAGACGUGUUUCCUGAGUCUGCUGAGCGCGAGCUGUUCACAACAAGCCCAUGGGGUUCUGGGCUCCCUCUACCCAACUCUGUUCCACAGUGAGAAUCCUGGCUUCCAGCGGUAUCCACACAUUGACUGCUUUGCUCAAUAAGAAGACAUUAAAUAGUUUGAGAAUUGCCUUGUCACACAAUUGCACAAAACAAACCCACCAUAAAAAGGUGAGCUUUGUGAGGGUUCUUCACUCCCACCCACCACUACAAGGGGUAAUGCGCUCCCUGGGUUGGCUGCUCCUGGCCUGCGUGGGGUCGUGUGGGGCCACUCUUCCCCUGCAGUCCGCGAGGCCCACCGCCCUUCGUCCUCGUGGCCGUGCAGACCAUGACACGAAGCCCCAGAGCGCACUCCGGUGGAGGGCAGGCUCGGGCACCCUUUCUUACAGGAAGUUCCAGCGCGCACUCUGGAGGUGGGCAGGCCCCAGCCCCUUCUUACGGGAGCAUCUGUGCGCAUUUGCCCUUUGCUCUUUCCACGGGUGGAAUCUCCUGGGAAGUGCUGCGUCGGGGCUGCAGAGCCGGCUCACUGCUUCCCAGGGCCACACGGACUCGGGGAUGUAGACGUUCUGUGGCUACUCGGCCAACUGCUCUCCGAAGGGGCAUUUAACUGAUCUCCAAUAUUCAAUAAAAUACAGAUUCGGUGACAGCGAGUAA